AAAAAUGCAUCGGACCGCCCGAAAUUUUGCGGAGAUCAAGCCGAAUUUGUUGUUCCGAAAAGCAAAAAUGGCUAGGAAAUCCGCGGAGAAAUAUGUGGCCAAAAAAAUUCAAGUACCUGAACUGCAAGGAGAAGCACUUUUUGGCUUACAUUCGGUUUUAGAGGCAAUUCGUUCUGGAAAACGCGAUUUUCAUUCAGUUUUUCUGAAAAAAGCUGUCGAAAACCGUGCCGAUUCUGACGCCCGAAUCAAGGAAAUCCUCUCACGAAUCGAUGAGCUCGGAAUUCAAAAAACUCUGCUAACUGAUGACCAACUCGAUCGGCUCACCGAGUUUCAGCUUCACAAUGGAAUCUGCAUGGACGCCAGCGCUCUGCAAUUCUCAAAUUUCGAGCCGAAAACCGUGUCGAUUUUUGUGGAUAAAGUGUUGGAUCCUGGGAAUUUGGGUGCAAUCGGAAGAAGUGCAUGGUAUUUUGGAGCCGAUGGGCUUGGACUUGUCAAGGGAAGAGGACCCAAAUCGAUUACCCCGGCAAUGAUCAAAUCAUCGUGUGGAGCCCUGGAGCAUCUUCCAGUACAGCAAUUUCUCAAUUUCAACGAGUUUCGCGACAAAAUCAAAGCUGCCGGCGGUGAACUCGUGGCGACUUGUGAUCCUGGUGCUGCUGAAAAGGCUGGAAUUUCGGCAAAAUCACUGGAUCAGUGGACACCGGAAAAACCCGUGGGCAUUGUGCUCGGCGACGAGGGUGUCGGAAUUAGUCGGGGGAUUCUGAAUCUUUGUGAUACUGUGAUAUCGAUUUCCCCAGUGAGGAAAGACGGAUCCAAUGUGACUUCGUUGAAUGUUUCAGUUGUUGCAGGCAUCCUCCUUCACCACAUUUCACUACAAAAUCGUACAAAUUGAAACAAGCAGCCAUUUGGAGACGCUCAAAAUUUGCACACCUGCUCACGGAGCCACCGCCUCUGGAUAUUAAUAGUCAUGUACAACCCCCUAUAUAAUUGAGUGACCGGUCGUAUCCAUUUGUUAACAGAAAAUAUGUUCCUAUUUUUCCUGAUAUUCCUGUUCUCUUUUGUUACUGCUAAUGAAAAUUAUAAUGAUAAA